AUGUCAAACAACAGCCAGAACCAGCAGUCGCAGCCAAGCCUUAUGGGAGGCCACGCGCAAUGGGUGAAAGGUGCAGCAGAGGCUGCCAUUGGCGACAUUAGCGGCUCACACGCCUGGAAGUCGUCUGGGGAACAGGACAAGGCAGCCGGUGUCGCUGUGAUGAAGAAGGCAAGCGAGACGAGAGAUGAGAGUCAAGGGUAUGGGCGGGUGGAGGAACUAGCAGGCAAGGCCACUGGAUGCGAGGGCAUGAGGAUGGAAGGUGCUGCGUCCAAGCGCGAGUAA